GCUUCGAUUAUUUUGGCCGAACUACAACCCCGCAGCAAACUGACAUCGCUCAGGACAUCUUUUUAAAGUUGUACAAAAAUGGUUACCUUAAUGAAGAUGUCGUGAUUCAAUUAUUCUGUGAAAAAUGUCAACGGUUUCUUGCGGAUCGUUUCGUAGAAGGAACCUGUCCCAAAUGUAGCUAUGAGGAUGCUCGAGGAGAUCAAUGUGAUCAUUGUGGUCAACUUCUUAACUCUAUAGAACUUAUAAAUCCACGAUGUAAAACAGAUGGUAGUACACCUAUUACAAGGAAAUCGAAUCAUAUGUUCUUAGAUUUGUCAAAAUUGCAACAAAAAGUUGAAAAUUGGAUAGAAAAAGCUAGUGUCGAGGGUAAAUGGUCAGCUAAUAGCAAAACUAUUACUCAAUCUUGGCUUAAAGAAGGGUUAAAACCUCGCUGUAUUACUCGUGAUCUUAACUGGGGCACUCCGGUGCCACUUGAAGAAAUGAAACAAAAAGUGUUUUAUGUUUGGUUCGAUGCUCCUAUUGGUUACUUUUCUAUAACGGCAAACUACACGAAUGAAUGGGAAAAAUGGUGGAAGAAUCCAGAUCAGGUCAAAUUAUAUCAAUUUAUGGGAAAAGAUAAUGUUCCUUUCCAUACUGUUAUGUUUCCUUGUUCAUUAUUGGGUACGGACGAGGAAUGGACCUUGUUGCAUCAUAUAAGUACUACCGAAUAUCUUAAUUAUGAAAAUGCAAAGUUUUCCAAAUCCCGUGGUAUUGGAGUAUUUGGUGAUGAUGCGAUAGACACUGGAAUACCUGUUGCUGUCUGGAGAUAUUAUUUGAUUUCAAGUCGUCCAGAAACAAAUGAUUCUACAUUCACUUGGAAAGAAUUUAUUGCCAAGAAUAAUAACGAAUUGUUGGCUAACCUUGGAAACUUUGUCAACCGCGUCAUUAAAUUUGUCACUGCUAAGUUUAAUAGCACUAUUCCAUCUUUCUCUUAUGACUCCGAAUCUGAACAAGAGCUCAUAAAGAACAUCAAUAACUUGUUAACGAAUUAUAUUGAUGCGCUAGAAAAUAUCAAAUUACGUGCAGGUCUCGAAACAGCUAUGGAGAUUUCACGACAGGGUAAUGGUUACCUACAGGAUUCCAAACUCGAUAACGCUUUGUUUGGAAACAAACCUGAGAAAUGCGCUUCGGUUAUUGGUAUUUCGGUAAAUUUGAUUUAUCUCCUUUCUGCCGUAUUUAGUCCAUAUAUGCCGUCCGUCAGUGAGUCUAUUGUCCGUCAAUUGAAUGCACCACUGAGGAAUAUUCCCGAUACGUUUAUAAUGGAUAUUGAACCUGGCCACCAAAUUGGUAAAGCCGAAUAUCUUUUCAAGAGGAUUGAUGAAAAAAUGGGUGAGGAAUAUAUUAAUAGGUUUGCUGGUGAGUCAAAAGACAAAAUAAAAACAGGUAAAAAAAGUAAAAAAACAUCUAAGUCAGCUAAUAAUGCAAAAACAAGUGAAAACCAAACCUCCCUCCAAGCCCAAAUACAACAACCACCCAAAUAUAACUAA